CACAACAUCGCCAAACCCACUAUGAAAUGUCUUUGCGAUAUCUCGAAAAAUCAUAUCGGAAAGUAUUCGGAAAUGAAGAGAACUUACCAAUCAUUCGGUUAAGAACCAGGCACAUGACGUCAAAGUACCCAAGCUUGAAGGCUUCCUUGGGUGCUGACGUAAAGAUGCCAUUGGGAUUAUCGGUUUCCCUAAAGAUCACCGAACGGUCGCUGUCCCAUUCUGGCUCUUCACGUCGUGGUGGCUCACGGCUGUGCUCCUGAUAUGCUGCGAAAUCGUUCAUUGUGUGGUCUGUAUGCAGCUGGAAGCCGCAGCUCAAAGGAGGAAGAAAGGCUGGAGUUGUUGGUCUGGGAACCAACUUACACGUCAAUUCGAAGCCAAAAUUGGCAACGAGUCAACGAGCUCUCAGAAUUAAUACAAACAAUGGCAAAGAGCAAGCUCCGAUAUGAGCUACACAGCUAUCUGGGACCAUGGGUAUUAAGUAACGCUCUCUGGAACUCAUGCAGGCAGGGUUCGACAAUCACAACCAAAGCCGGGCGUAGAGCAAUCAGCCCAAAAUGGUUGACCGACCAAGCAAAGGACGGGUUUCAAGCCUCAUCACCAUCGUGUGACCUUAUCAACUCCCUGCAGGGGCUGGUCGUUCUAGGCAGACUUUCCCCUCACUUUAGACAAGAAUUCGACAGCCUUAUUGCACACCAAAACGCCUUGUCCAUACCUUCCAACCACAUCAAAAACCGCAGCGCUAGCUGUUGCGUUUCUAGCGCCGUUUUUAUCGCUUGAACAGCCAAUCUGCCAACCCUGCAUUACACAGCCCCGAUGCAUCUCAGACAUGGCUCACAGACAUGCCAAGCCAUAGCUGAAAGAACCCUGGAUACCAAAACCUCAUCCUCGGGAUAACUUGUCUGAAGCAUGGGGACGUGCGACUUAACUUGGGAUGACACAAGAUCGACCAUCCUGUGUUCUCCGUCAUAUGUCCGACCUGGUUCAUAGCGAAGAAGAAGCAUACUUCUCAGACUACCAACGCUCCAACAGCUGGGUGCAUGCUUCUUGAUAAGAGCAAGCAAGCUACCGUCCGCUCCUGAACCCUCCACCCCGCAUGCUCGCGCUGGUAACCCACAUGAGUAACCAAUGCCCUGUUGACUGACCGAAUCAGCCACGCCUUCGUGUCAGUCGAUCAUCGGUGCCUGGGAAGAGCUCUUUUCUCUUUCUGCGGCGAGGUUCUUCGACUUUGGGCCAGCCCUGGCCAGCCACUCCGGACUGUACGCGUCCCACGUACAGAGCUUGCAUGCUGCGUCCUUAUCUUCUUUCCUGAAGGCCCAUCUGGCCCUUGCAUCUCUUUCCUUUGGGGCGAGUGUGUGGGUGUUACCCAUACCAGUCAGACCGUCCCGGGUGAAGCUCUGUCACACUUCUUCCGUUGGCCUCUUGAGCAACAGCCCUGUUAACAAUAUUCCUUAAGAUACUGCUGCCCGUCACUCGUCCACAACCUACUCUGGCCCCGUUGACGGUUACAUUUCCCCAAGUGAUCGUCUUUAGCUUUUGUUUGAAGCCCAGGUCCCUGCCAUCUGAGGCCCCUUUGUAACAUCAGUUAUAGCAGCGUUCAAUGGCAGGCCCUCUCCAGGUUGGAGACCUUAUCAGCCUCGGGCGCCUAGCCUGGGAAGUCUACCGCUAUGGCUGGUCUGAAGAUCAUAAUGCAACAAAACAAUAUGAAGAAUUUGGAAGAGAUGUUAGAGGUCUUGCCGAGAAUCUCGACAUCCUCAGUAGAGUAGUUGCAUGGGCAGACAACUCUCUCCAGAGUCAAAGACGGCAAGGUGCGCCAGCAAGGCUACGAUGGGACAGGACGUCGCUGGUUCAGAUUAUUGGGGACUACGAGAUGACACUACGAGAAUGCAAUGAACUUCUCAGAUCAAAUAAUCGAUAUCGUGUAGGAACCAACCCUUUACGCAACUUGGAAUGGAAUGUACUCGUUCAGCCCGCAGCCGAUCAACUGCGCCAAAGGAUCAUGUUGCACAACUCGAAGAUUUUGCACGUCUUAAAACCAUUUGAAGUUGAUCUCCUUUUACGGGUACGGCAAGAUAUUGAGCGCAUGCAUCAAGACCUCGCGGACCGCAUCACAGCUGCUCAUCAUGACAUUCGCCGUCUGAUGGGAGUUCUUAUCCCUGACCUUGACGAAGCCCUGGACCAAAGAGUUCAACGUAGUGUUGUUUUACUAGAAGUGCCUGUGGACUUGGACGAACAGUUCCGGUUUGCAGCGCUCACUGGUCACCCCGAGUAUCGCAUCGAAGAGGAUUUUGAGCUCACCGAGCUGUCGGAUGCUUUCAUAUUGAACUUUCACAAAAGUACAAUAAACUUCCAGUCUGGUAUGGUAGUCGAAGAUCGUGUUCCGACGGUUGACCAGUAUCUCAACUUAUUGAAGUGUGUAUGGAUUUUCAAGAGAAUUCAAGCGGCCCCUGCUUUACGGGAGGCGGAUAAGGACACUUCCCACUGGCCAUCCUACGCCCGACAACUGGAAGAUGACCUAUCAUCUCAAUGUGCUCGAUUCGGCCGCGAGUUGGUAACGCCAAGAAUCAUUACUUCGACGCUCAAGCGAGACAUGUUUACGAUCUGGCCAGAGAAGGAACCUGCCCCUCUUGUUGACCUAGUUACAAAAGACGAGAUGAUGGAACAACUGCUAGAGGUAAAUCUGCAGAGCUAUAGUCCAGGUAUCGAGAAGAAAGCCAAGCUCCUUCGAAGGCUAGACGCAGAUGGGCGAAGAUUCAGAAUCAUCAUGUCUGGAUCAGCUCAAGCGUCAUCGGGCAAACCAAGACAGCAAACUGAGAAAUUCGACUUCGAUAUCACUACAAUGAUCUUCAACCCACAAUACGCCUUGCCCACCGGCACUCACAUGACACAAGAGAUCAUCCUACGGCAGAACGAAAGAAUCGCAAGACUAGAUUUUAUGGACGGAGCUGAUAUACUGAAGUUCCAACAAGCGGUUACUGGAUUCAAGCCAUGGGCUUCUGCGACGCAGUACGACUGCCAAGUCAUUUUCGUUCUGGGUGGCGUCAAAGAGACAAUCAUGGAGAACGCUUGUCUUCAACUCUGGAUACCCAAAUCCACCGAGGGCUCGCUUGUCACUAAUAGCGAUGCCGCAGUCAACACCAUCAAGACUUCAUCAAGCCGUCAAAACUCCAUAUCGACACUUGCCUCGGGAGCCAUGCCAAGUUCGCCCCUUUCUGCGAGCAGGCCAUUUGCGUCACCUGCGCAAACGCUUUCUUCCUAUGGAAACGGCGGAGACGGCUUCGCCAUGGGCCCUCCUGGUCGCCACCCAAGCCUUCCAACCAUAACACAGCGACAACCCACAGGGCCCGAGUUCUACGGCUCGUGGCCGGGAAGAACUUCUCCAGAACCAAUAGGGUCCUCGCCUGUUGAAAGACAGGGCUUCUUCCCUAUACCAGGACCGCCGCGACAGUCUCCACCACGGAAGCCAGUUGGGUCAACCCCAUCUCCUCGUCGUUCCAGCUCUCUCUUUCCGCCUCCAUCCAGCAGCACAACAAUGACCAACAAUGGACGCUCUUUUAGUAUCUCAAGUGGCGUUUCAAGCAAUAGCAACUCGUCCAACAGCGACGUCCGCAGUGUCAGUAUAUCAACAGGGACAAACUCCACAGGGCUUCUACACAAGCGUCCAGUCAAACCAAUGCUGGUCCUAUUCACACAGAACCGUCAAGGAGACAAGUUCUCAUUUGUGACGGUUCAGAUUGACGACGAAACAAACAUGAACCCAGAGCGCUGCAAUUGCCGCCGAUCUGGAAGAGAUGGGGCAUCCUGCGACAUCGCGGCCAUCGAGAAGAAAAAGGGCGAUGCUCCUAUUUCAGCCCGACGAUACGAGCAAUCACCAUCGGACGGCGAGAUGGAUUGGAACUUGGCACGUUUGGCGCUGAACAACCCUGCCUCAACGAGCGAUAGUGUCAACUGGCCCAACCUCAAACGUCUUAGCAUCAAAUUUCCAACUCCGCAGGCACGAGCUAAGUUCUGUGGCACACCAAACGUCUGCCAUUGCAAGAUCAAGAAGGAAGGCGACUUGCUCAAGUGCAUACAAGAACGCCACCGCGGGCUCUGGGGAGAGGUUCAAGAGAACUACAGGAGACAGAUGAAUAGCUUUCACAAGCAGAGAUACGAGAGUAGAUCACAUGUGGUCUAUGGUGUAACGAGCUGAUGGGUCUAAUAUGUGAGGGCAUGACGGAUAAUUACUAGGCUGGUGUGUUGCUUUGUGUAAGCAUAGCUUUGAUGAUCCUUAUGAGGCGCGGAGUACUGGAGUAAGGGAGUUGCCAUUGGUUAUAGGCGUUAUUGGAAAGCUGAAAGAGAGAUUCUUAGAUAAGGUCAGGUCGCUGAUGAAUUGGAAUGAUUACGCUGUUUAAUGAACAUCACUUUUCAUCUGCUGAGACCGAGCUUCUUGAAAUGAGACAUCAUAUUUUGAAUGACCCGAUAUUCAUCAUAAAUGU